AUGAACGAAUCCUGGAAUCCCAAUGCCAUGCCCUUCCGUCCAGGUGGCUAUGACCGCCGUGAGCAGAAUUUCGGCGCCUUCGAGAAUCAACUUCCACCUCCCCCUCCUCCUUUUCAGGCAUCACCGGGGCCGCCAGGACCAUACGGCCCACCGAAUGGCUUCUUCAACCAGAACUUUGCGCCGCCUCCACCGCCGCACCAGCAGCCUCCGCACAUGUUCAAUAGCCAACAGGCGCAAAAUGAAUUCGCAGGCUACCAACAAGCGCUGGCAUACCACCACUGGAUGCUGCAGAAUGGUCACCCGAAUCACCCACCGCCUCCUCCCCCGUUUCCUCUAGGCCCAGAGGCCUUCGCGGGGCGUCCUCAUCCCCACAUGCCGCCUCACGGCCAGCCGCCGUUUGGUGGGCCGCCAUUUGGCCAGCAGCCAUACGGACACCAGUCGCAUCACGGCGGGCCGCCGCCCAUGCCUCACCAGCAACGCCAGAUGUUCCCGAAUCGGCCGCCCUACCCUAUGAUGCAACAGCAGGCAAACUUCUCGCAUGGAGCAAGGAAUGAGGACAUACAGUACGCUUUCGAUGCCUUAUUGAAGGGUCUAAAGUCUAAGAGCCGCGCCGCUAAUACUCACAACAGGGCACCAACUCCUCCGGGCAAGAAAUCAAAGUCUGGGCUUACUGCCAACGGGCAUGCUAAGCAGAAAGAGUAUGGUACCCUCCACCGCAUUGCUUCUUUUGAAGCCUCGUGCUCUCGGAUUAACAAGCUUCACAGUACGCCCAAGGCACCGAAGGCCGCCGCCGAAAAAAAGGGACGCUACGGUGACGAGAAAAUCAUGCUCCCUGCGCCGCAGCCUACACAAGAGUAUUUGGAUCAGGCCGCUGGUGAACCUACUACUACCGAAACACCAGGUCAGAUGUUGGUUAUCCUGGAUCUCAACGGUACCGUUCUCUUCCGCCCAAACCGAAACGCCAAGACAAUGAUACAACGCCCUUUCCUGGGGCCGUUCCUGCGCUACCUCUUCGAGAACUUCAAGGUCAUGGUGUGGUCAAGCGCGAGGCCUGAUACUGUGAAAUCCCUUGUCAGCCAGGCUUUGGACAAUGACCUCAGGUCGAAGCUGGUAGCUCAGUGGGCUCGCGACAGCUUCGGACUCUCGCCAACGAAUUAUCAACAGAACGUUCAAGUAUACAAGAACCUGAAGCUAGUAUGGAGCCGAAGCCAGAUUCAGUCAUUUCACCCAGAUUACGAGGCUGGCAGCUGCUUCGGCCAGCAUAACACGGUGUUGAUCGACGACUCUUCGAUCAAGGCGAGCGCUCAACCGCACAAUCUCUUGGAGAUCCCAGAGUUCUCAGCUACGCCCGAGCAAAUGCAAGGUGACGUGCUACGAGAAAUUGCAGGCUACCUGGAGGCAUUGAGAACGCAAGCCGACGUAUCGAGGUUUAUCCAGAAGCAACCGUUCACCCCUGGCGGACAGUGGACGUUCGAUUGGCCUGAUGAUGCCGCUGGGGGUGGCGAGUUGACUAGCAAGGUUUCUGCUGGUGUUGCUCCUACUACGAGUAAGAAGAAGAACAAGAAGCAGAAGGCCAAAGAGGCUGCCGCUGCAGCAAGUAGAACCAACACUCCUUUGAAUCAGGCAGUUGAUACCCUGGUAUCGGCGUCACUAGCUGCACCCGCGCAGCAGCAACAGCCGCAGCAAUAA